UCUUUGCUUGUCUUUAUUUAUUUAUUUUUCCCAGCGAGCUGAUUCAAAAAGCCAGAAUUCCCAAAUGAGAUCUCUCUGUUGAUUAGUAUUUUCUCUGGUCAGGCCGCAGACACCUCCAUUGGCUUUGCUUCUAACACAGGCAGUCAUCAUCAUCCUCUUUUCAAUUUUUGUCCGCUACAACCAUGAGGUGGACUCUUCCCUUUGGCAUCAAGGCAACCACAGCAGCAUGGACAAUGACUUUUAUUUUCGUUACCCAAGUUUUCAAGAUGUCCAUACCAUGAUCUUCAUUGGUUUUGGUUUUCUGAUGACCUUCCUACAACGCUAUGGGUUUAGCAGCAUUGGUUUCAACUUCCUCCUGUCGGCCUUUUCUUUGCAGUGGUCCACUCUGGUCCAGGGUUUCCUCCACUCCUUUCAUGGAGGCAAGAUCCACAUUGGUGUAGAAAGCAUGAUCAACGCUGAUUUCUGUACUGGAGCUGUUCUGAUUUCAUUUGGGGCAGUGUUGGGCAAGACAAGCCCUGUACAGCUGCUGCUCAUGUCUCUACUGGAGGUCACACUGUUUGGGGUCAAUGAGUUCAUCCUUCUCAGUCUUCUUGGGGUGAAAGAUGCCGGAGGCUCAAUGACCAUCCACACAUUUGGUGCCUACUUUGGGCUUGUUCUUUCCAGAGUUCUUUACCGAUCACAACUAGAAAAAAGCAAACAACGGGAAGGCUCUGUGUACCACUCGGACCUCUUUGCUAUGAUUGGAACCAUUUUCCUGUGGAUCUUCUGGCCAAGCUUCAACUCGGCCCCCACAAAUACUGGGGAUGGUCAGCACCGCACAGCCCUCAACACCUACUACUCGCUGGGGGCCAGCACUUUGAGCACCUUUGCCUUAUCUGCACUCCUAAGUAAAGAGGGAAAGCUGGACAUGGUCCACAUCCAGAAUGCAGUGCUGGCCGGUGGGGUGGUUGUGGGAACUUCUGGAGAAAUGAUGAUUACACCUUUUGGGGCUCUGGCUGCUGGAUUCCUGGCUGGGACCAUUUCUACCCUGGGAUACAAGUUCCUCAUGCCCAUUCUUGAGUCAAAGUUCAAAAUCCAAGAUACAUGUGGAGUCCAUAACCUCCAUGGGAUGCCAGGGGUCCUGGGAGCCCUUGUUGGUGCUCUUGUGGCUGGGCUGGCCACCCAUGACGCCUAUGGAGAUGGAUUGAAAAAUGUGUUCCCCCUGAUUGCUGAAGGUCAUCGAAGUGCAACAUCUCAGGCUGUAUAUCAACUCUUUGGGCUCUUUGUCACCCUGGUGUUUGCUUCAUUUGGUGGAGGAAUUGGAGGGCUUCUGCUGAGGCUCCCCUGCCUGGGUUCCCCUCCUGAUUCCCAGUGUUAUGAGGACCAGAUCUAUUGGGAGGUUCCUCUUGAGCAUGAAGAUGAAGUCCAGAGACAUUUGAGGAUAGAAGACCCAGAGACCCAGGCCUAAACUUUGCAGGAAUUCAGGGGCUUCUAUAGGAUCUUUCUGAGGGAUGACGAAGAUGAAUUUGGGAGAGGUUCUUCCUCACCUCUUCUUUUGGGAAGUUCUAUGAUUUCUCCUGUUGCAAACAGGGAAAUAUUCACCAAUUAAGAGCAAUCCUUAUUUGGGAAAGAUUGUAGGGGCUGGACCAGGGGACCAGCAAUGGAAGGGCCACAGGACACAAUGUCUAACCCGAGACCUGACACCUCCGAAGGUGAUUAAACAUCCCAUGAUUUCUAUAGAUGUCACCCCUCCUUCAUCUGAAUCUUGGAAGGCCUUCCCAUGUCCUAAUCUCCUUCCACUCUGCUCAGAUGCCAGCUUCUCUCACCUUCCCUAACGUGACAACAAAGUCUGCUUGGUAUGAAAUGAAUCGUGAAGAAAUCCGAGUCUAAGGGGCCUUUGGCCCCCAGCCCCAUGGAAGUCUGUCUCCCUGGGUGGGAAGAAUGAAUGGGGGAGUUAUGCAGAGAUGGGAAAGGCAGGGAUACCUCCAGAGUGGAGGGGGCAGGAAUGGGAAAAAAAGACCCGAGGGCCAAAGAGAUCUCUUCUGAUCCCUGGAUGCCCUCCGCAGAAGCCUCUGAUACAUCACUGCCCUGUAGUGGCCACGAGAGGGAGCGCCAAGGCUGGCAGAGGAGGAUGCCAGCCUUCUGCCUAGCCCCAGCUUCCUCUCCCAGAAUCAUUCCAGACUUCCUCUGCCUCUAUCUACAAGGAAAGGUGCAUUCAAACUCCAGCCCAGAUGGACAAGGACACAGGAGUCAGCCUUUCCCUUCACUCCCUUGUUUCAUCGUGUGUCCUAAUAGCUCAACUCCAUUCCCACUUUUUUCAAUUAAAUUCAUUAAAAACGUGUCAGGUGCCCCUUAUAUACCAAGUACUGUGAGAGGCAGUUAGAUGUCUCAGUGGUUAGAGUCCUGGGUCAGGAGUCAGUUCAAAUCUGACCUCAGACACUUAUUAGUUGUGUGUCUUUGGGCAAGUCAUUUAACCUCUGUUUGCUUCUGUUAAUCUGAUGUAAAAUGGAGAUGAUAACAACCGUGACCACCUGGGCUUGCUUGGAGGAUUAAACGAGAUAAUAUUUGUAAAAUGCUUA